UAUUUUGCAAUUAUUAAAUUUUUCAUUUUGUAUUGUUGCUUGUACGUGAUAUCAGCUACAAUUUGAUAUUUUCUUUCAUAGAUUGCACUCUAUCAUGUUUGCAAACGUGAGUAAUGCUCUUUCGUGACAAUUCUAUGGAAUCUUUGAUCGAAUUAUUAGUUCUCACUUUUAAAAAACAUCUUUUAAUGGAAGAAGAAGUUGUAGUGUUCCUUUUGGCUACAAAGAUUAGCUUUUGUUAUGAAUGAAUGCAAGUGAUUUCAUUGGUCAUGAGGCUGACCAAUUGCUUACCGCUUGCACGCAUCGACAAACAAUUGAAGCGGAUUCGUGAAAAAACUCAGAAUGUCCGGAUUAGUGUCCGCAUUUAGUGGUUUGAAUGAUGAUAGUCGAAUUUCUAUUGUGGUAGAAGAUUCGGAACACAUACUUGACUAUGGUAGUAAGCUACGUGUUCUGGGAGAGUACUAUUUAUUACUUACUGUCAGUGGAGAGCUGUUACAAGGCGAUUAUAGGCUACGCGAAAAAACUAUCACCUUUACCAGACUACGCGAGGAUGUGUCGGAUUUUGAUACCGAAGGUAACUUCAUAUACUUGAUUACCAAAUCCGAAGGAAAAGUGUACCAGGGAAAAAAUGGAUCCCUUAAACACUGGAUACAACUUUUUGAGGAUAUUAAGAUUAGUUUCGAAAAGAUUUGUUGUAAUAAUAAUGGUCUUCUGUUGACCAGUUCCGAAGGAAAAGAGCUGCAUGCACGAGGUGAUUUUGGUAAUUUACUCAAUUUUGACAAAUUGACCAUCGUGAAUGAAGUGGCAUCGAUGAACGUCGUUCAAAUAUCCGCUGGAAUCGAUUUUGUGAUAUUAUCUAGUCAAAAAGCCAGCAAAGUAGUGGCGGAUGUGAGAAAAGAUCCGUUUUUUGAUCAAUAUUGUUUGCGUGAUGAGAAUACCCACUAUUACUCGGAUUGGAAGAAUAUUUAUAAAAAUUUCACAUUCAACUUAGAAAAUUGGAUGUCAUGGAGUGAUACAGUUAGUAAUACUAAUGUUGAUUUGAUUACGGUAUACGGUCAGAUGAUUCAUGAAACCGGAGUUGCAAGUUUUGGAAAAAUUAAUAAAGGCCAACUUGGAACAGGCGAUCACCUUCGACGGGAUAAAAUAUCUCAUCUGCAGUUGUUCAACGUAUGCAAAAUAGCCAGCUGUUGCGAUUAUUCGUCUGCCCUAACUGUGGAUGGUAGUCUAUAUCUGUGGGGUGAUACGAAUAAAAAUCAAGCAACUCUGGAUACUAAUUUGACACUUAGUAGCUCAAGUACUCCAAAGCUUUUCAAUCGAUUCAAGCACAUAAUAGAUGUUAGCAGUGGAAACUUUCAGACAUACGUUUUAACAAACGAUCUACGCAUACAUGAUAUCCGGUCCGACGACGGUAGUCUGAGCUAUGAAUUUACAGACCGAAGAAUGAAAACCACCGAGGGAUAUAGUCUCGAACUGGAUGACAUUCCUUUUAUAUUAGCCAGUGAUAGUCUAAUAUUGAUGAAUCAUCUUCCAGUCAAUAAGGAAAUCUUACGGAUAUACACUGCCGAACAAGUAACGGUUCAGGUUCUGUUGAAGCACUUUAAAGAGCAUAACAUUUCAAAAAUACUGAAAAAAUCCGUAAAUACUCUAUCGCCGCAUUUUUUCUACCGAUCGUGCACGAGAUUAUUUUAUCUGUUGCUGCUCAACUUAAAAUCAUUGCACUGGUUUUUGCUAAACAACGAUUAUACCAAGAUAGUUUCAUUACUUUUUCAUAACGAAUUGCAAUUCUUGUUUCGAAACAUUCUGAAAUGCUACUGCGAUAGCGAAUGUUUAGGUUUGAUGAGUGAACAAGAACGCAAAUUGCUUCAAAUAUUUCUGGAUAAUAUAACAAACUUUGUCGACCUAAUCGAAGUUCUAGUCAAUUCAAAUAGAUCGCUUGCUGAAUCCAUCGAAAACUUUCUAUUGAAUGCUAAAAGUGAAUGGCUCAAAUUCCUGAACGAAGAAGCCAGCGAGGAGAUGGGGAAACGGUUAAAAAUUACGAAAGAAUUUUGGCUGAAGGAAGAAAAUUCGCGUUGGUUAUCUUUACGGGAAGCACACCGUAGAGUUAUACUGGAUUCUACUGAAGUACCACUUAAAAUGCUGGAAAUCAACAUAUUUUCUUCCUCCCCACGAAUAAUUCUGUUUUCCGAUGUGUUCUGUUAUUUAUCAGGAAUACAAGUUAUGGAAUACCCACUGGAUUUAAUAUGGAUUUCUAUGGAAAUGAAAGAAACACUGAAGAUGCGUCAUAAAGAAAAGUUACGCUUUAUGGUCAGUAUCAUUACACCAGAGGAAGUGUUGCGAUGUCACACCCUUAAUUCAACUGAUAAGUUGUUGUGGUUGAACUGUUUAAAAUCACAAGUGAUGCGAAAUCUGAAGAAAGAAGUAACGGCGAAGCAACCGGUCUAUCGGUACAGUAGCUACCGAUUUAGCGAGAAACAUGCCAAAUACGGGGGGAUGGAGUAUUUUGGGAUUUGGAAAGUUGGACAAAUCGAUGGCAUCGGAGAAUUAAAAGGCAAGGAUCGAAUGUACAAGGGAGAAUUAUUUCAAGGUGAAAUUACCGGCCACGGUCGCAUGAGUAAGACACAAUAUGGAAUUGCGUUGAUUUACGAAGGUGACUUCCUAGACGGCAAAUACGAAGGAAACGGAAAGCUCAAAUCUGCUAAUACUAGCGCCCAGCAGUACUUCAAGUACCAGGGUUACUUCAAGGCCGAUAAAUACAAUGGUUUCGGAACGCUGCUCACUAGUGCUUAUCAGUAUAACGGAGAUUUUGCUAAUGACGUGAAAGAUGGUUUCGGAGUGCUGGAGGAUAGUUUGAAUGGAGUGAAAUACAUCGGAAUGUUUUCCAACGAUAAAAAGUACGGAAACGGGAUUCUGAUCACUACGAACGGGACGUACUACGCGGGGUUGUUUGUAAACGAUGUACUAUCGAAUUCCGCAUGCGGACUGGCUAUCUUUCCGAAUGGAGUUUAUUACAAGGGCGAACUGACAAUUGAGGGACCAUGCGGGAAAGGUGUAUUCUACUAUCCAGAAAAAGAAGUCGUUGCCGAAUCGUUUGAAUUGGAUGACACCAAUACUCAGAUGAGCGGCCAUACACUGACCGGAUCUUUUGCCGGUUCAUGGGAAAACGUAAAGAUAUCCAACGGAAAUAUGGCAAUGGAUCAACAGUUCAAUAAGGUACCGAUCUUGGAUCUUAAAAUCAACGCCGAACGCAAGUGGGCUUCCAUUUUCAUCUGCUUCCACCAAUCCGUAUUCGGCACCAGUGACCUUGGCAAGAUUCGUUUGAUGGAUACGAAAAAAAUUUGGAAUAGAAUCGCCAUUUACAUGACACGAGCAAAGCGAAAAGAGCAACUCAAGGCGAACAAUUUUGAAGCUAGGCUUAGCGAGUUCACUGAACAAACGGCGGCUCAAAUCUGCCAGAGUGGGUUCCGUCUUAUGAAUCUCUCUAACAAUUCGCUACGGUCAAGUUUCUCUGAUUCAAAAUUAUCAUUGAAUAGUAAUGCUACCACAACUGGUGACUCAAUACCGGCUCUCGAUAACAUUUCAGUAAGGAGCUUUUCCUCGAUUACAUCUAAGGAAUAUGAUAACGAAUUCAUGCUGAACCCAACUAGUGAUCAUAGUAAAAUUUCCCCAUUUCACGAUUUAGAAAUUAUUCCCGACUUUUGCAUCACGUCCAUUGACAAACAAGGCCUGCAAAUGCUACGGGAAUAUUUGAGUGAAGCGUUCCGUAAUUCCAACCACCCGCUUCAUCAGUUGUUUGAAAAGCUGUCGAAUUGUUUCUACUCAACAUACAGUUGCUGGAAAUUUACACCCAAUUCCAUUCUCUGCGAACCGGCAAUGAAUGAAUGGAUCUCAAUCGUCAGUCGAAUCUACACACUUGUCUUGAGAGUUAUGUUUCCUGCUUUGCCGAAAGAUUCCGCUGUCAUUGAUGAAGAGUUGGUCUCAUAUCAGUCACUUUUGUACCCAAUCUUGAUGACUCAAGGUAUCUACUCUGCUCUUUUUGUAUUAUAUGCAAGUAAGUGCAGCAGAAACGAUGAAAUUUAUCGCCAGCGUAUUUUGAUCUGCGAGAAGAAAACAGACGAAAAUCUGAUUCAACUGUUAGAUAUAAAUAGACAACUUAUUCCCAUUAUUCAAAGUUCUCGCUAUCGGGAAGCAAUUGAGAGUCUGAAUCGCUUUAAAGAAAAAUGCUGUCCUAACGAGAUGAUGAAGCACAUCCAAGAGGCUUUUGCGUUUCUCGAUGUUGCCAGUAGAGAACAAGGAAAUAAUCUAGAUAUUGCGGCUGACAGCUUAUUAGAGCUUGUGAUUUUGCUCAUCAUCAAAGCAAAUAUACCGCAAUUAGGAGCGGAAAUAUGUUUGCUUGAGGAUCUACUGCAAAACGAGGGAUACGGUUUCGACUAUCACAGCAAUACACAGAAUGAUUAUUGUCUAACGACACUGAAAGCGUCAUAUCAGCAUAUUAUCGGAGAUAAUUUUUUUGUCAAUAAGAUUUUCGACGGUGGAAAUACGUAAGUGGCAAGGACGUGUAUAGAACUUACCAAUAGUUAUAGUAUAGGUUUAAAGUUCCAAACCCUCCUAAUCUAGUACUGUGAUUUGUAUCAUUCCUCCUCGCAGGAUUUUUUCAAAUAUUUAACACAGCCAAACAGGUCGUUUUCGGAAAGCCGUUUAGCAUUAUCUUGAAAUGAAAUCGACAUGAAUAUUUCAUGUGGUUCACAUAAGUCAAUGGUAAAUUCUCUUAGUUUAUUUUAUGUUUUAUAAUAAAUUAUUUAUGUUCACGUUUAAUUUCAAACUGAAAUCAUUGAAAUAGAAAGAAUAUAAAGCUGUCAUUUGUUGUAUAGCCUUUAGUGAUAUUCAUGUCGAAAUGUUUCAAUUUCUUUUUUGUCGUUUUUUGUUUUUUCUUCGUUUCAAAAGGAUUUUAGAAUAUUUCCGAAAACUGCCUUUUAUUUUAGAAAUAGCUAAUAGUUGAAAGAGCCAUCGUUAAAUAAAUUGUUAUUGAUUCUACUUUAUGUAUUAAAACUAAUAGCUCAUAGAUUUACGUUUCAAUGAUUCUUUUGUGAAUAAAGCUGUAACUGUAUAACCAAUAGAAAAUAUAUCACAGUUAAAACUUUUAAAGCAAUUUCCAAAACGGUUACAUAAUUCACAUUUACUCGUCGAUGUAAGCAGCAAUAAAGAAGUAGCUUUGUUUUCAAUUAGGUUAUUACACAGUGUUCAAUUUUCAACAUGGUGAAUGAAUAAAUUAAUGAAUAAAAAAUCAAAGAAUAAGUAUAAAUAUUUCAAUACCCUAUUUUUUCGUGCUGCGUCAGAGGUUUGUUCGUAUUACGUCAGAGGUUACUCUAAAGAAGUGAUUCCCAAACUCACCCUACUACUGCGGCUGCGAAACCCCUUCGAAAAUGACUGCUCUAAAGAAUCACGUAACUGCUUGAAAAUUAAUAAAUACAUUCAAAAAGAAACCCCUACAAUUGGUGGAAGCAUCCGGAUAACAUGUAUUCCAUACUAGAGGAACUAGGAUAACAGAGGUAUUUUGGCCCACUUUAGGAUUGAUUUUAUUUUGGCCCACUUAGUAAAAAUAUUCAUCAAAUGUUGUAAUAUCUUCGAAAAAUCCUCCCGCAAUAGGUAAUUUAAUGUGAUUAGCAUGUGAUUGAUGCAACAUAGGUUACCUAACAUCGAUUAAAUCCAUAAAGUUUGUUAGGUGGGCCAAAAUAUAUGAAGUGGCCAAAAUACCUCUGUUACCCUAGGCUACGUUUCCUACUUGAGGGUUGAAAUAAAGGGCUAUCUUCUAGAAGAAAAUUUUCCCACAACUGUUUCUUCUUUACGGCCGUAUCGACGAACACAUACUUCCGAAAGAAUACGAACAAGCCAAUCUUGUUUUCACACGAGUGUAU